AUGCGAUCGUACUUGAUCCCAAUCCUCGCGGGAUUACCGAUCCUAGCGAGAUCAACACUAGCACUUGCUAGCCGAGAUGAAGGUCCUGAUUUCAAAGCUAUUUUCAGCCCAGUCUUGUCUUCCGGUGCCCAUCUAUUCCUCCCCGGUGAUCCGGAAUAUUUCAAGGUCAAUGAAAGAUGGUCCAAUCUGGAAGACCCGCAGUAUGAUGCUGCUAUUCAACCAGCCACCGAACUCGAUGUGAAAAACAUUGUUUCAGCUGCUACUGAGCAUAAUAUCUCCUUUCUCGCCACUGGAUCAGGUCAUAGUGUCAAACCAGGCUAUGCUUCCGUCAAGGGGGCGGUGAACAUCGACCUCAGCCUAAUGAAAAACAUCGCUUUGGGCUAUGACACCGACACCGUGACUGUCGGACCAGGAGUAAAGAACAGCCAGGUGUACGACGUGGUAUAUGAUGUGAAAAAGGAACUCCCUCUUAGCACCGACCGCUGCAUUAGCACGAUUGGCACGAUGAUUGGAGGCGGCCUGGGAACUCUUUACAGCACGCGUGGUAUUUUGGCAGACUCGCUGGUCUCAGCUAACGUCGUCACUGCAGCAGGUGACCUAGUCACAGCCUCAUUGACCGAAAAUCCGGAUCUCUUUUGGGCUAUUCGUGGAGCCGGUCAUAACUUUGGCAUUGUGACCUCCGCCACGUUUAAGAUCUACGACCAGACCAAUGGUGGCAACAGUCUAGUCGGUGAUUUCGUGAUUCCCAACUCCAGGAAUGCCUCCGCAUUCGAGAUAUUGAAGUCAGUGGAUGAGGACCUCGAGCACAACGUCUUUUGGGGAAUUCUAAUCGGUUUCAACCACACGACCAAGGAGGCUGAAAUUCAUCUCCGAUUAAUUGUCCAAGGGAGCGACGAAGAGGCUGCCCCCCAUCUCGCCAAAGCAAAAGCCCUCAACCCAACCGUCACCUCCUGGGAGAACAUGACAUGGAACGCCUUCGGUGAACCAACCGAGAUCAUGUGCAACACGGGCUGGAAUUCCAACAUGUACCAAAUGGGUCUAAAGAAGACUGAUGUGGACACAUUGGUUUCGUCGUUCAACCAUUGGAACACCUUCUCUUAUGAGAACGACUGGUAUAACGGGCUGAUCAUGAUGGAGAGACAUUCCGAAAAGAAGGUGAUGUCGGUUCCAAAGGAGGAGCAAGGAGUAUUUCCAUGGCGAGAUACCAAAAUUCAAAUGAUACUUGUCAACUACGUGACCGACCCGAAAUACGCUGGUACACUCAAUGACUUUAUGCAGCCGGUUCGCGCAGAUAUCCAGGGCGCGAUGGGAUUCGAAAAUCACCAUAGCUAUGUGAAUGAGGCAUUCGGCGAUGAAGGUCCGAAAGUGUGGUACGGAGAGCAUAACUUACCCAGGCUGGUGGCGGCGAAGCAAAAGUGGGAUCCGAGCAAUCAAUUCGGAGCUGGAAUGCCAGUGCCACUGAGUCUCUAG